GUCGCAAAUGUACUACCUCCACCCAUCCUGGACACCGGGGCAUGCAAAACGAACAGACCCAUUGGGACAACAGGCGUACAUUUUUACUCAUUUAUUUUACGUUUAAAUGAGCAAAUACCAGCACUGCAAUGGCAAUUGACUGGCUUGGAUUUGGCUACGCUGCAGCCAUAGUCUUUGGGGGAUUCAUGGGAUACAAGAAAAAAGGUAGUGUCAUGUCACUGAUAGCUGGGCUAUUGUUUGGCAGCAUAGCCGCCUAUGGGGCCUUCAUGAUUUCAAAUGACCCAACCAAGACUUUCUACUCCCUCGUUGCCUCAGGAGCGCUGACAAUAGUAAUGGGAAUGAGAUUCAAGAAAUCUGGUAAAAUAAUGCCAGGUGGUAUCAUGGCAGGACUAAGUGUGCUGAUGGUCCUACGACUUCUCUUCAUGAGUGUCAUUGUAAUGUGAUUUGAACAAUACAACAACCAACUAAAGCAAGAUGGAAAAUGUCAUCACAAGGGAUGAAUUUGCAUUUGCACAUUGUUUGUGCUUGCCUAUAUGUAUUAUUGUAAUCAUCCUUAAUGUUUGUACGUUCUUUAAAGAACUUGAUCCUGCAACCUAUGAUCAUAUUACUGCUUUUAUGUAAUUCCUAAAGUAUGCAGCACUGGGGCAAUGAGUGCACAUACACAAUGACUAAAUGCUAUGUGAAUGGUGAGUAAAAAGGUUGUUACAGUGCCUUGCAAAAGUAUUCAUCCCCCUUGGUGUUUUCCCCAUUUUUUUGCAUUACAACCUGUAAUUUAAAUUGAUUUUUAUUUGGAUUUCAUGUAAUGGACAUACACAAAAUAGUCCAAAUUGGAUGAAGUGAAAUUUUAAAAAGUACUUGUUUAAAAAAAAUCAAAAAAAUUAAAAUGGAAAAGUGGUGCGUGCAUAUGUAUUCACCCCCUUUGCUAUGAUACCCCUAAAUAAGAUCUGGUGCAA